UGUAGUAACGUUUCUGUUAGUAGCUCUGCUAAUCUGUUUUUUAUAACUACAGUUUCAAGAGAUAUAGAAUGUUACAUCAACUCUGCUGACGAGCUAACUGAAACCCGUCCAAGCCCAGUUUGGAUUUCUGCACAGUUGAAGAGUGUUGAUUAGAUUAUUGGAUUAGAAACGUAGUGCAAUUUUAUAGUGAUACGAACAAAAUGAGCUUCAAUACGGAUGAACUAGAAGCGCCGGAGUGGGUUAAUUCCAAUUUUCUAAAGGAAGUUCUCGAAUACAAUGGCGACCUAAAAAAUGUGACGAUUAAUGACUACCAAAUCUCUCCAGCUACUACUAUUGGCGAUCAUUUUGCCAGCAUCAUGUUUAGAGCAAAUAUCACAUUUUCAACGCAAGGUCAUCCAAGUAAGAAACGUUCGAUAAUCGUCAAAACAUUGCCAGUGGUUGAAGGUUUUAAAAAGGAUGUGUUGAGUAAAACCGAAGUAGAUCUAUUUGGUACCGAAAUUUUUAUGUAUUCAAAAGUUUUGGGUCCAUGUGCAAACAUUUUGAAAAGUGCAGGCUACAAUGACUUGCUGGCUGCAAAAAUGAUUUACCAGUCAACAGAACCACAUAAGGUUAUAGUGUUUGAAGAUUUAAAAGAGCUCGGAUACUUCAUGUUUCCAAGGAUAAUUCCGAAUGAAAGUGAUGCUGCGCUAGUUUUCUCCAAACUGGGCCAAUAUCAUGCAGCUACAUUCAUACUAGCCGCACAGGGUCACAAAGGACUCAAUCGAAAAGGAGGCAUUUUCAAUAUAGGUGACAUGGACAACAUGAAUUUCUUUCGGGACGGAAUUAGUUACUUUAAAGAACUAGUGGAAUCAUUGCCCGGUCUUGAGGAAGCUUCGGAAAAACUACAAAAAAUCUCUUUUCAUAAAAUCGCGAAAAAAUGCAAGCAGACUGUCAAUGCACCUGGCUCUUUCGAUGUCCUCAAUCAUGGUGACUACCACAUCAAAAACAUGAUGUUCAAAGACAAAAAUGGAAUGGAUGUUUCCGAAGUUAUUCUGGUUGAUUUCCAAUUAUGCCACUGGGGUUCACCCGCCUUUGAUCUUGCCUAUAUAUCAGCCGUUUUACCAUCAGCGAUACGCGCACGAAGUUAUAGACAUUAUUUCGACACAUUCAUUGAUGUCCUGGAGAAAUCUGAUUACAAGGGAUCAUUACCUGCGUUCGACCAACUACAAAACGAUUUGAAAUCUCAUCGACCUUUGGAUUUAUUUUUCCUCGCUACAUUUACAGCAUUCAUCUGCGCAGAUAAAAAGGAAAUUACAGAACAAAUAGAGACUUUUUUUAAGGAUCCAAGUCGGUACAAAGCAUUCUACAGACAACCAAAAUAUAUGUCAUAUGUAAAAGAGUUACUACCAGUCCUCUUACAAGAAGGUGUUCUAGACGAUCUUAUAAAUUUUGAAUAAAUGUUUUUCCUGUCGUA